AUGUUGGCUUCUCCAACUAGUGUCAUGCCUAAAUGCGCAAGGUUUUUUUCCACUUGCCGAAUGCUUCAGCAUGAUAAUCCUCUGGGACUCCCACGCUCUGGUACUCCGCCAACUUUCCGUUCGCGCCGAGGGCUUCCCAAAAAACGCAAGAUUCGAGACGUCAAGAAAGUUGUUGCCGUCUCCUCGGCAAAAGGAGGAGUUGGAAAAUCUACAAUAGCUGUCAAUCUCGCGCUAUCAUUUGCUCGCCGUGGCAUUCGAACAGGCAUUCUUGAUACCGAUAUAUUCGGUCCUUCUAUCCCGACACUUUUAAAUCUCUCUGGCGAACCCCGCCUCGAUGAAAAUAAUUGCCUCGUGCCUCUAACAAACUAUGGGCUCAAAUCUAUGUCAAUGGGUUACCUCCUACCCCAAACCCAAGCUGACAGCACAACUGGCGAACUACCCAUGGACACAACACCUAUCUCAUGGCGCGGACUCAUGGUGACAAAAGCCAUGCAUCAACUCCUCCACUCUGUAUCAUGGGGUCCACUUGACGUCCUCAUUCUCGAUCUUCCCCCCGGAACAGGCGACGUCCAGCUUACAAUCAACCAAGAAGUGAUCAUUGACGGUGCGGUCAUUGUAUCAACACCACAGGACAUCGCACUGCGCGACGCAGUGCGCGGCAUUGGGAUGUUCCAGCGAAUGGAAGUCCCUGUGCUCGGAAUGGUGCGUAACAUGGCUUAUUUCGCGUGCCCAAGCUGUGGGGAACAAACUCGUAUAUUCUCGCAUGGAGAUAGUCACCACCACGCGCACGGUGAAAACCAUGGUGUUGUGGCGGAGUGCAAACGGCUUGGAGUCGACUUCCUUGGUGAUAUCCCUCUCGAUGCCAAGGUGUGCGAGGAUGCUGAUCGUGGUAUGCCGACGGUCGUUGCGGAGGAGAGUGUUGAGCGCAGUGCGAGACGGCAGGCUUUCCUUGACGUUGCAGAGCAGGUAGCUCGGAAAAUUGGUCUUGAUUGGCGCUGA